AUGGCUUCGAUGGCGAAGCUCGCGUCAGCGUCGGGCCGCAUUACUCUCCUCGCCAGUUUCAUCGCCGCCUCUGCGCUGAUCCCUUCUGGGUGUUGGGCUCAGAGCACCAUGAGCACGACUUUCCACAGCAACUUCCUCGAAGGCGACAUCCGUGUCGUCGUGGGACCCAACCGUAACCAGAUCCGCGUGCAGCUCAGGAGUGCACGCGUUUUCCCCGUUUGUCGUCGUGAUCGCCGCUACAGAUGCAAUUUUCCCCUGCAGGCCUAUAUGCCGGACUGGGCUAAGGCGGUCACCCCCAAGGAGGAGUACAUUGUGGAAACUUACCCUUUCCCGUCCAACUUCUCCUCUCUCACGGACGUGAAGCACGCCAUUUUGACCUUCGCCCCCUCCAACUGCUACCCUAUCUACAACGGCACCAAAGUGACAGAGGAGCAGGCUAUUCCCGCUUACCUCGCGUCAGGCCCCGACUUCUGCCUCUCCUGCUACGUCUACCUCACCUUCUCCCUCCUCGAUGUCGACACGGCCAGCCAGAUCGGCAGUGAAUGCACUGAGACGAACAAUGGAAAACUUCGCGGGUACAUCUGCUCCACGGACGAGGGGGAUGACGUCACGGUGGCGCAGGCGUUUGGGAGUCCGCCGGUGGUGAAUGGCGGCGGGACGUCGGUGGGGUUUCUCUACACGGAGAUGUUUGUGCGCCAGCCCGCUGGCUCCACCAUGCGCCUCCCCUCCAUCCGCGUCGACCCCCUGGCCAUGAAGGGCAUUGGGUACAUCAUGGUGCCAUCCAAGGGACCCACUCCUCUCCCUGGAACCUUUGAUGCCAUGCCUUUCAUCGCAGGCAACGACAGCAAGUCUGUCGGCGUCGGUCUAGUGUUCCCAAUCACCCUGAUGACUCAGGCGUCGCUCGCAACUACCCCGUUCAGCAGCAACACAGUGCAGACGGUUACACCCACCGCCUUCCCUGCGCUCUCCAUGAGUGCUCCUGCUAACCAGUCCCUCACUGUCAAUGCCAGCAUCAUCCCCCCUCCUGCCGCUGGUGCUGCUGCUGGUGCUGCUCCCUCCUCGUACAACAUCUCUCUCUCCAUCAGCAAGGACGCACUCCCGGUACGUGGCUCUUGUGGGGACUAA